ACGUCAGCGUCACACACCGGUUCAUCACAUGAUACCAAGAUGUCGGCUAUGGGAGAUCUGAUGGACUUGGGGAGCACACCUCCCACCAACGACAUCCGUAUGGCCCGGGAACACACGCUGGCCAUCACCAGGAACUACCACUCACAGCCCAGGCUCACAUACAAGACAGUGACUGGAGUGAAUGGUCCCCUAGUUAUUCUGGAUGAUGUUAAGUUCCCCAAGUUUGCAGAAAUUGUCCACCUGACCCUAAACGAUGGAUCCAUUCGUAGUGGACAGGUGCUGGAGGUCAGCGGGUCAAAGGCUGUAGUUCAGGUAUUUGAGGGAACAUCAGGCAUUGAUGCCAAACACACCACCUGUGAGUUCACAGGUGACAUCCUGCGUACACCUGUGUCAGAGGACAUGUUGGGUCGUGUAUUUAACGGUUCAGGGAAGCCCAUAGACAAGGGACCUAACAUCCUGGCUGAGGAUUACCUGGACAUCCAGGGCCAGCCCAUCAACCCACAGUCCCGUAUCUACCCUGAGGAGAUGAUCCAGACAGGCAUUUCUGCUAUAGACUGUAUGAACAGCAUUGCCAGAGGUCAGAAGAUUCCAAUCUUCUCUGCUGCUGGGUUACCUCAUAAUGAGAUUGCCGCUCAAAUCUGCCGACAGGGAGGUCUGGUGAAAAAGCAAGGAAAGUCCAUCGUUGAUGAUCAUGAUGACAACUUUGCCAUCGUCUUCGCUGCCAUGGGAGUGAACAUGGAAACAGCUCGCUUCUUUAAGAUGGACUUUGAGGAGAAUGGAUCCAUGGAGAACGUUUGUCUCUUCCUCAACCUGGCCAAUGAUCCAACUAUUGAGCGUAUCAUCACACCUCGCCUGGCCCUGACAACCGCAGAGUUCCUGGCGUACCAGUGCGAGAAGCACGUGUUGGUUAUCCUCACCGACAUGAGCUCAUACGCCGAGGCUCUGAGAGAGGUGUCGGCUGCGAGAGAGGAGGUGCCGGGUCGUCGGGGUUUCCCAGGCUACAUGUACACGGACUUGGCCACCAUCUACGAGCGCGCCGGGCGUGUGGACGGCAGGAACGGCUCCAUCACCCAGAUCCCCAUCCUCACCAUGCCUAACGACGACAUCACCCAUCCCAUCCCCGACCUGACGGGGUACAUCACCGAGGGACAGAUUUAUGUGGAGAGACAGCUCCACAACAGACAGAUCUACCCGCCCAUCAACGUGCUGCCCUCGCUGUCCCGUCUGAUGAAGUCAGCCAUCGGGGAGGGGAUGACGAGGAAGGACCACGCAGACGUCUCCAACCAGCUGUAUGCCUGCUACGCCAUUGGUAAGGAUGUGCAGGCCAUGAAGGCUGUGGUAGGAGAGGAGGCCCUCACCCCCGACGAUCUGCUCUACCUGGAGUUCCUCAGCAAGUUUGAGAAGAACUUCAUCAACCAAGGACCGUAUGACAACAGGUCCAUUUAUGAGUCCUUGGACAUUGGAUGGAGCCUCCUUCGCAUUUUCCCCAAGCAAAUGCUGAAGCGAAUUCCUGAGAAAACCCUCAAUGAGUUCUACCCUCGAGAUGCCAGACCCACAAGAGACUAGGUCCCUACGAGAACCGAACCAUCUUCGAGUCCCUAGACAUCGGCUGGUCACUGCUACGGAUCUUCCCUAAGGAAAUGUUGAAACGCAUUCCCACCAACAUCCUGGCAGAGUACUACCCCAGGGACAGCCGACGUACUUAGACUCAAACCUUUCCACCACAGAAGAACCAUCAUGUCUAUUGUCAGCAAUUAUUUAUUCCAGGAAGCUCUUACAGCUCUUACUCUAGACUGAAAUGGAAUAGUGCUAGAUAUGGGAUCAGUAGUACUUGUGUAUAUGAUUGUGUAAUAGAAAUAUAUUGCAGAAUUCAGUACUAUUUACAAGAUAUGCCACAGGAGCAUAGAAUUUAAAGUACUGCUGGUUAAGUUAGAGGUGAAAGGU